UUCGCGACUGUUUUCAGUUGAACAUCGCACUCGGACCGGGCCGCAUGCUCUCGAGCCGCCGCAAGUCGUUACCACUUUUGUUUGUUUAUAUUCCGGAUGUACACAAAGGCUGGGCCAGAACGGAACAUUAUCGGUUUACGCCUAAUUUUGAAAAGUGGUCCAAACAGCGCAAAGUUCGGGAUAAAUAUGUCAAAUUCUGCUAAUCGGAGCAACCAACUGGUGAAGAAUACCACUGUCCAAGCCAACUUUGAUCAAGAAAGCAAACACUUGACCGAUUACCGCAACUGGUGUGUAAUUAGACAUAGACUUGCGGCGUAGCAAUCCGUCGUCCUUGGGUGAAAGAAUAUUGUGGAUAUAACACGCGAGGGAUCAUAACACAUUACAAUACAUCACACACACUCAACGGAUCCGCGCACACGCUGCAUGCGGCAAAGUGUAAACAUAAACAAAAGUGAUGCGUGCGGUGGUGGUACGGUCGUCAACUAAACGAAGCAACGCCGUCAAAUAAAUCUACGACUGUCAACGAAAAGUAAAAACAAUUUCAGUUAAUUUUUGCAUUUUUUUUUUAUGUUGAUUUCGUCAAACCAUUUCCUUUUUUUGUGACGACUUCACUGUGUCGAAAUUACGAGAGUGUUUAAAAGUAAAAAGUUAUUUGUCGAACUUUUAACAUUCUGUCACGAGUGAGAGGCGCCCGGCGCGAUCGUUACAUUUUUUUUGUGGUGUCCUCAAAACGAAGAAAAAAAGAGAAGAAAUUUCAAAACCCGACUGUCAUUUGUGUAAUUGAAUCACGAAAGCGCUGAAAGAAGCGUGAUUUCGUGACACGAAGCCCUUCUGGAAUACCAACAAACGCAACCUUCGCCAAUCUAGUACCACGCACGCACGUGUGCGUGUGCACUGCAGUACUAGAAUCGCAGGACGCAGGCGCGUACUCGCUCUGUGCUCGUGAACGAAAAUCAGCUGGAGAUUCUGAGGGCGAAUCUCGGCACAUCCAUCCAGUUGGCACGGAGAAAGUGAGUUACCGAGAACGUGAACGGCGAAAAGGAUCGCAGCAGGCGCAGCGAGCUCGUUACACCGGACUAACAGGUCAGUAAAACCCGUCGAAAACAAAUCACCAAUAAGGAACACAUUUCGUAGUGUGCCCCCGUGAACGAAAACAAACAAACGAAUAAAUUAUUCCAAUAUCAUCAUCUCGUCCCCGGCGCCGAUAGUCUCUGCAGAGUUUCUGUGUUCUAACGAAAGUAAUAAUAAUUUAAAAAAGAAGAAGAAACCCCGGCAGCAGCCACCCAAGAAGAGGAGAACCCGUCGGAAGAUUGCUGCCGAAAGCGUCAAGAGUCGUGUGUGUGUGAGUUUGUGCACACCUCCAUUAAACUUUGACCUUGCGCCUUAAGCGGCCAUCAUCACACACAGCCAUAGCCUACUACGCGAGUCGGAGUAGCACCAAAGGGCCCAGCCAGCAGUUGCAAUAUUGUGAUUUUUACUACAAGUAUAUUGGAAAAAAAAAGUAUAAAAAAUAUAUGUAUAUUUAAAGUUUCGUGUUUGAGAGCUGAUUUUUUAUAACCGUACGCUGUCAAAACGACUCGGCAAUCGUGAAUUCGAAGAAGGAGAGAGCGAGCCUUGUGGAAGAUUUCGAUCUGUGAUUAUUUUUUGUUAAUUUUAAAAUAUUGCUUUUAAUCAACGUGAAAGUAACGCCGUAUACUACCUUAAAAUAUACACACGUAGAGUGCGAAAGAGAGUGCAAGAAUAAGGAAAGAGAGUGAGAAUUCAAAAGAAAGAAGCGAGGAAGAGAAAAUAAAAAAAAGUUAAUACCCAUUUUUAUGAUUAUUGAAUAAAAAAAAAUCUCGUGCAAAAGCGAAGAAAAAGAAGCAGCAGCCACCAUGUUCAACUCCAACCUCAGCCUGACGGUGCCACCGAUGCUGGGUCUGGACAGUGGCGUCUGCACGACGCCCAGGACACCGGAAAUCCUCAACUCGUUGAUGGCCAUGACGAACCCGCUCGAGUACUCGUACCCGGUUGCGGCGGCACUUGCAAAUACCGGCACCACCUCCAUCUCAACAAGCACCACCACCACCAACAACAACAACUCAGUGUCACAGGCGUCACAAGAUAGUCAUUCCAACAGUUCCGGAUCGCCCCUGGACUCGCCCGCUGGCCAUGGCCGGACACCGAGCGUACAACAGACCCGCUCGCAACUGAUCAAGGCCGGCGUAAAGCUGCUAAUCCAGAGCAAGCGCAAGCACAGCGGCUGCGACUCCAGCGAUGGGAACGAAUCGACCACGAGUGGCUGUGGCGGCGGUGGUGGUGGAGGUGGAGGAAGUAGCAGGAGGAGUACCGGAGGUCCCCAGAGCAAGAAACGGCGCGACACGGAGCUGGCGACGAGCGAUGACGACAUGGACACGUUGCGUACGACGAGUGCCUGCUCUUCGAACGGGGGACCGGGGAGUACGAGCAGUCCACGUGGGUUGACUCCGGAGGACGAAGAUCGUCGGCGGCGGCGUCGGGAGCGUAACAAGAUCGCUGCAACCAAGUGUCGGAUGAAGAAGCGUGAACGGACUGUCAAUCUGGUCAACGAAUCGGAAACGCUGGACGCGCAGAACAAGGAGCUCAAGUCACAGGUCACGGAGCUGGAGAACCAACGGAGGAAGUUGAUGGAGGUGCUGCAGGCGCACAGCGGGUCUUGCGUUCACCAGAAGGGCUUCCAACCGCUGCCGAGUCUGUCUACGAUCACCAACAACAACUGCAAGUUUUUGAACGACCUCAACUUUUUGGAUGCGAAUGGUAGUGAAAUCAAAUACUCCGAGUGUUUGAAGGCCGCGAGUGGUGAUGGACAGCAGGACAACGGGCUACCUCCAGGCUACUGCAAGCUAUCGCCAACGGACGCGAGCUUCGGAACCCCGAGCGAUGUCAUGGAUGUGAACGGGUUCGCAAGUUCGCAAGCGCUGAAAUCGGAGUACAUUCCAAGCAAUCAACAGCAGCGGACGCGCCAAAAGCCCGGACCAAAGCCACGCCAGAAGGCAGCGAAGCGUUCAGCAGCGGCCACCAGUACAACGACCACCGUAACGGAUACUUUGAGCCAGACGUCGGCUAUAGUGGCGCAGCAGUCCCAGGGACCGCUGCCCAGCGCAGAUUUCAUCCUGAAAAACGAACUCAUCGAUACCAGCAGCCCUUACACCACGGUCCAGUCGGCGGACCGGUUUCUGUUCGAGAACUCCCUGGACCUGUACAACAACAACAACAAUAACAACGACAGCAACACCCUGGACGGUCACCAGACCAACGACAGCGACAAGCUGACUUCGCUCGCCCUCAAGGACAACGCAUCGAACGUCCUGCUGGAGUUCAGCGCAAACUUCGACGCCACCAUGCUGAAGCCCGCGGACUACGGCAUGCUGAACCAGCAAACCCAGCUCGUACAAAUGCAACAUCAUCAGCAACCGCCUUCCAACCAGUGUCACCUGCAGCAGCACAAUCUGAUGAUGAACCAGCAGCAACACCAGGUCAUCAACCAGCCACAGCAACAACAGCUGCUGUCCCACCAACUCAUGUCCCAGGUGCCGUCCCUGUCCAACGACUUCCUGAUCCUGCCCGAGCACGACGGCAGCGAGUUUACCGAUCUGGACUCGGGCAUCACGUCCUACACCAGCAUGAACGGCAGCUGCCUGGCGUGACCACUGCUGCUCUAGGAUCUGUAGUGUGUUCGCGUCUAGUAUCUCUCUCUCUCUCUCUGCUUCUCGUCCUAAAACUUGCGGAUUGUUCGUGCUUGUGACCGAUUUCCAGUGAUUUUUUUUAAACUUCAAGUUACCGCUAAUGUGUUAAGUUAUUAGUCAGCGCGCGUUUAUCCUUCUUUUAAAGAAGAAGAUGCAGUUUAUUUCAGCUUAGCUGGAUUGUUCCCCCCUCUCCCAAUUUUUUUUUUUAAAUCGUUCGCAAUGAUUGAUGGUGCUCUCGUUGGCUGUUUUUUUUGCGCACCAAUUCCGUCGUCAUUUUUUAAAUAAGAGCCAAAAUCUGCUUCCCCAUCACAAAAUAUUGUUAUUUUUCCUCUCUUCCUAUAAUAACUCUCUCUCUCUCUCGAAAUGUAUGUUAAAAGUGACUGCAAAAAUGUGUGUAUGUGCGUCCGCGUGAGCGUGUAGGAGAAAGAGAAAGGUUUGGAUUUCUCAUCACUGUUUUUACUUUUAAAUACUACACAGUUAUACACAGUUACAGAUAUAGUUUAGUCGUGCAAAAUGCAUUCCUUAUUCGGUUAUAAGUUGAUAAUCGCGUCACAUUUAACGCAUCUCAGCUCAUCUUUCUCUUUCUCGUAUAUCACUAUCGCCUCUCUCUCUCAAAACUAUUUAACAAAACAUAACACACACAGACACAAACACACAUCAGCAUAUUGUGAUAUUCACGUGGUCUUGUUCACCGGUGGCGCUCGUGAGCGCAACGUAGAUACUACCACACUAGGGUGUAAUAAAUUCGUCGAUUUUCAAACUGUGCCAUGACGGUACCUCAACUUCAAUUUUUGCAGGUAUUUUAUAAAGAUCGAAAGAGCUAAGUUGGUUAUUUUUUUCACUGAAUCCAAGACAGAGACCAGAUUAGCUCGAAAGAUCACAAUUUUUAGCUAUGCUCGUUUGAAACAUUGACAUUUGAUAUUUUCAGAAAUGUUUGCGAGCUUGUUUCUAAACAGCAAAAGCAAAUUUUUAAAAAGAAUGAUCUUGUAAGAUAUUUUCUUUCAAUUCUCAAAAAAAUCAAGAUUUAGUAUAAAAAUCGCAGAGCCGGUUUACUAAAAUUCAAUAUUUGUUUUCCGGCAAAAAUACAGUGUCUCUCCGUUUAAAAUCAACGAAACAUAGCAUGGUUAUUUUUGGAUUGGUGAGAAAAUAUCUUAAAGAUUGGCAUAUUAAAAAAAACAAAAAGCAAUUGCUGUACAGAGACUGGCUCAAACACAUUACUUUGUAUAUAAUUAAUCAGUAUUUGAAAAGGGCGUUAGUAAAAAUUUACAGAUUUUGCUUGCAAAAGGAUUAAAAAAAACAAGGCUUUACCCUACAAAUCUGUCAUAACAAAUAUUUUUCAAAAUCGAUCCACCUAUAAUGCUAAAUAUACGCACAUAAAAUCUGAAACCAAUUUUUUAAAUUGUACUUUUACCAAGAGAAUUUUUUUAUUUAUACUUAUUCAGGCCGGUAAAACACAGCUUUCUACGUAAAAUCUACCGUUAAUACCAUUUUCAUUGAAAGUUUAUGUCUCCACAUUUUUUUCAAAAAAUCAGAAGACAACAAAAUGCUGAAAUUAUAACAAAUAUGUGUAUCAGGUUUUUUUUUUAAAUUUGGAAAUGGGUUGAGGUGUACUCAUCAAUCGUCCAAAGGAAAGUGCAAAAAUUAUAUUAAGGAUUCCGAUCAAGGUUAUGAAGGUAAGCAGAGGGUAUGCUUCCAAAUGCAAUGCCUCGCGAACUAAAAGGAAACCCCUUCUCAAAAUUUAAAUGUUUAUGUAAAGUUAGCUGAGAAACGCGAUGCCAAAGUCAAAUCAUACAUAAAAAUAUAAGUUCAAUGUGAAAAUUAAGCUAAAUAUUUUCAUUUGCAUUUGCAUAAAGAAGAAUUGUUAAUUUAAAAAUUCAAAUUAAAGAAUUGAUUGCUUCAAAUGAGUCGAGGAUCAACCUUUGAAGAUUUGUUAUGCCAAAAAUUACGCAGUUUGAAAAUUGUUUUUUUUUUAUAAUUUUCGUGAAAAAGGCGAAAUUUGGGGUGUUUCAAAAAAGAAAGGAGUUUUCUGAUUUAGAUGAAAAUCGGGAUUCGUGCUUGUUUUGAUUUUUUUUAUUUGUGUCAAAGAAAUUUAAGUAAAAUUUUACAUUUACAAAUAAAAUACGUUUUAAUGCAUUCUUCAAUGAAACAGAAAAAAAUCAGUGUUUGGAUAUAUUUAUUUUAAAAUCAGUUAUCCCAUUUCCAAGAUUUUUGCUCACUUUUGUAUUUUUAACAAACAAAAAAUGUUUUGAUAUACAUUCAGUUGAAGUGAUUGUUUAGGAAAACUUUAACUCAGAGUAUUUUUCAAAUAUCUUAAAUUUGAAAUAAAAUUUACAAAGUUUGGAUUACCUGCAAUUUUCAAUCCUGUUGAGUUGAAAAACACAGUUUUUACUUAUAAUUUAUGGGAUUCAACAGGGUCGUUUUCCCCUGUUUUAUUCUAUAUACUUGUUUCUGAAAUAAUACAGAUACAGUGAACAUUUUUCAUUACCAUUUAAAAAAAUACAUUUAAAACUUAAAUUAUUGAUGUAGUAUUUCAGCACACUUUUGGCAUUCAUAUUUUCUUUGUCUACUAAUAUUAUGUCAUCUUGGCCCAAAGUAUAUUGAAUUUAGCGUGUCAGAUUUCAUUUAAUAUUGUUCUUUUUCAAGCAAGUGAAUUUUCGACUAAAUUGCUGAAAUUUGGGCAAGAUACUUCGUUUUCAAUAUCCUUUCCAGCAAUAUUUCGUAUUUUUGAAUCGAAGCAUCUUUAAUUUUUGUUUACCAGGGCUCAAAUGUGAAAAAUGGAAUCUAAACAAACCAUAAAAAUGUAUCAAAUUAUUUUUUUCAUGGAAACUUGCACAAAGUAAGUGUCAAAAAAUCACAAUUUUUAUGCGCUCGAUUUUGCCCCUCAAAAAAUGUCGAAAACUGUUUGUGGUUGAAUAUCGUGGAUUUGUUACACCCUAAUACUGCAAACCUUCAAUGGAUGGUCAAUUCAACUGACUUUGAAGGUUAAAUUUCUCGUUCUUCGGACCAUACGCGACCACCGGUGAAUCUGUGGCACACUCAUUACCUUAUAAAAUUGCCAUUAACGCUGUCUCAAAGGAGCCGAAAACCUGUUCCUCUUUGGUACUAACUACAACACAAACACACCCCUUUUUCCUUGACUUAUUUAUGUUAUGAGGCAGAAGUGCCGACUUUAGCUAUGUUUUUAAGACAAAAAAUUAAACUCAUCCCUCUUUGUUUUCAUUAAGAACGAUUAACCUAUUAAUUUACGAUGACGAUCAUUAAUAAUUUUAAAGCGCUUAAUUCCCCCCUACUCUAAACUGCAAAACUUACUCGUAACUCUUUUUGGAAGAAAAUAAUGUUAUUAGUGUAUAAGGAAGGAAAGUUGCACAACAGAAGGAACAAAAAAACACAAAAAUCCAGAAAAAUGUAUAUUAUUGUCUGCUAUAAGAAUAAUAUAUGUUUAAGUGAAUGUAUUUUUUAUAAAAACAAAAAACAAAACAGAAACAUUAUAUAGUUUAGAUAGGUUGUAGCGUUUAAGAAGGAGGCUCUCCCCAACGGAAAAAAAAGAAUUUCGCGCAAAGACACGUUUAACGCUAUAGCUCCAGUCGGAUAUGUUUGCUAAAAUGGAUUGUUUGAUAAACUGAAAGACGCUUUAAUCUGCACAACAAUUUUGUUAUAUUUUUCCGUUCGUUGGAGAUCCUCGUCCGAGCCGAUCGUGCGUUGGAAGACACCAACGCCCCAAAAUAUGACCAAUUAAAAUGCAAUCAAGCUUAACUGGUGUGACUUUGAUGGAUGGCUUAAAGAUAUUGAUGGAAGUAUAAACUAUUUAUUAAAAAAAAUCGCGUAACAAUCAGAGCUGAACAAAAAAUCGAGACUAUUUACAAAGAAUCUUCAAAAAGUUGCGUGAAAUCGUGGUCCUUGAACCUCGGUACAGCAAUCAUUGUGGGCGAUAAUCCGACAAACAUGGUUUCAGAUGUCGUCUUGAGAGAAGCAAUUAAUUAUUCUUUUCAAAAAUGGUCACAAAUAAUACUUCUUUUUCCCCCAUUGCAUUGUAACAAACCUAGUCAGAGAGUAGCAUUGACCAUCGCGCAAGACAAAUCAAAAUUACGCGCAUGUUGACAAUCCAUUAUCGCCCACUCAACUUCACAACCACGUGCAAAAAAAACACAAUUAAUUCACCCCACAAAACAAUGACAACGAACGGAACAUUGCACUAAGCGCGCCGCACGCUCGCAUGACGGACGAACAAAAUAAAGAAAAAAAAAUACAGAUAAAAUGCCUUCCUAUUUUCAUUAAUAGGUUAAGAUGCAUGUUAGAAAAACCAACCAAGUUAUUCCUUAUACACGUAUACUGUUAGAUAUUGGAAGCAUCACAGCUUGAUCGAAAAUCGAAGCCUUAAUAUUAGAAGAAACAAAAUGUUGUAGAGCUUGACCAAAAUUUGAAACGACAUUAGAAGCCUAUUUAAAAAAUAUACAAAGAAAAAAAAAAUGUUGUAGGACACCCUCUAAAGAGAACGGACCAACCCUGCAGAGCAAAUAUUAGUUCCAUUUUGCCUGCGCGCCAAAAAGGAGAUUUUAAAUAUUUGCCUCGAUGUGGUUGAUUUCGUUCUUUUCGUAAAUUCCAUGAUUUACACUACAACUUAGACAGCGUGUUAUCACAGUGCCAUCUAACUGAGCAGGCGGAUGAACUUUUACGUCAAAAGUCAACGGCUGCUCGAUCGAUCGCGAUUUGAUCGGCGGAAGAGUCCCCAAAGUAUGGACCAACGGCUUUCAAAUUCAGCUUUUAACUUAUGAAACGAAAAAAAAAAAAACCAGACAACUCUACUUUGUACCUGUGUCGCGGCGUCGUCUUCUUCACACAAACAAACAUACACAAACAAGCACAGACAACUAGACCAAUGAAUGACACUUAUACAACCUCUUCGUUUAGCUUUAAAGAAAUACAAACUAAACAUCAACCUGCAAAUAAACGCCGUUUGAAGAAAAAAUCAUACAAACCUCGAUGGGCCUUAUUUUGCUAGCAUUUUUUUCAUUUUCGGCAAAAAUUCUUACCAAUUCUAACCGAGUUAAAGCUACAGCGCAAAGCUAGACUUUAUAUUUAAAACAGGUAGGAACGCUGAAGAAGUGAUGCGAACAAAAUCAAUCUGCUGAAAAGUGCUAUAUUUACCACUAAUCAAAUCGAUAUUGUUGUAAGAAAUCAGAAACAAAAAGUGCAUUUUGCCAGGCGGAUGCAAGUGAAGAAGCAAACUCUUGUUUAAUAAAAGUAUCCGUUGUAAUGAGUUGCGAGAAAAGAUGGUCUUUAAAAUCGAAAAUAAACAACUAAGAAACCGAAAAA